AUGGAAGCACGUGGCGUCGACUUUCGCCCUUGCACACUCGAAGACAUCUUUAGGGAUUACAAGGGCCGAUGGACCGCCCUCGUCAAAGCUCUCACCAUCGAGGAUGAGAAGUUCUAUUGUCUCUGCCGUCCCGAAGAAGCAAAUUUGUGUCUUUAUGGGUAUCCUGAUGAGAGAUGGGAACUGAGCUUGCCUUCUGAGGAACUCCCAACUGAUCUUACUGAACCGUGUUUGGGCAUAAACUUUGCUAGGGACGGGAUGGAUCCAGACGAAUGGAUUUCUCUUGUUUCCGUCCAUAGUGAUUCAUGGUUACUGGCCGUAGCUUUCUAUAAUGCUGCAUGUUGUGGAUUUAAUAGGGAGCGCAGUGUGCAGUAUAUGAUACCUGCAGAUAUGGACAGCAAUUUCAGCUACUUUUGUAAUGGAGAACCCCCUAAUGAGUGGAAGACAAAUUUUGAAUUUGCUCUUAGCACUUAG